GUGAUAAAGACGGGGAGGUUUUAGCAAUGCCCUUUGCGUGUCAGCUAAGCUCAUUCCUUCCGGUAUCAAUGUCAUUCAGGAACAUUUGCGGGCGGGACAGACCUGAAUACUCAAACCCAGAAAUUUGCGGGCUGGCCCGCGCCAAAAGUGAUGGCGGGCGGUGCAUUUGUACGCGAAUAAUUUGCUGUUUGUCGUAUGGAGGUUUCACCGGAGAAUGACGGUGGGCGGUGCAUUUGUCCGGAUGCUUUUAUUCAGUCAUUCUCCCCUUUUAUUCAGGUGUAGAUACUCGCUGCUUUGUUAUUCUGUCAAUCGGCGUUUCUGUUGCGCUAUAGACGCUUUUUCUACUUCUGCUAUUCCUAUUCGUCAGGUAUUUCAGAAACAGAACGAGCUGUUUCGAUGGAACGCGAGGAUUCAAGAGCUUGGUCAACUGGGGCGUGUCGACGAAGCUCGUCGAAUAUUCGACGAGAUGAUCCAAAGGGACGCUGUCACUUGGAAUUGCAUGAUCACCGGCUACUUCAACAAUGGAAGAAUCAACGAUGCGCGAGUGCUCUUCGAUGCAUUCGCUGGGAAGAAUGUGAAGACUUGGACUGCUGCAGUUACCGGCUACGCUAAGAAUGGGAGGAUUGAGGAAGCUCGGCAGUUAUUCGAUUUAAUGCCUGAGCGUAACAUUAUAUCUUGGAAUGCUAUGAUUAGCGGGUACAUACACAAUCAAGAUGUGGAGUCCGCUAGACGUCUUUUUGAUGAAAUGCCCAAGAGGAAUGUAGUUUCAUGGAACACGAUGAUCACUGGGUACUGUCAUUGCAGUCGGAUGAUUGAAGCUCGUGAACUUUUUAACUCAAUGCAAGAGAGAAAUUUGGUGUCUUGGAUGGUUAUGAUGUCAGGGUAUGUCCACAUUGAUGAUUAUCGAGAAGCAUGGGAUAUCUUCCUCAACAUGCAACGUGGUGGAUUGAGACCCGACCAGCCAAUAUUUGUAUCUGUACUUUCAGCAGCCAUUGGUUUGAAUGAUUUGAAACUAAUUCAGAGUCUGCAGACACUUGCUAUCAAGACAAAUUAUGAGGGAGACGUGGUUGUGGGUACAUCAAUUCUGAAUGCAUAUACUAGAAAUGGGAGACUGGAUUAUGCAGCCAAUUUUUUUGAAUGGAUGCCAGAACAGAAUGAAUUUUCAUGGACUACGAUGUUAGCAGCCUUUUCACAGUGUGGGAGGUUGGAAGAUGCGAUUGCUUUGUAUGAAAGGAUGCCUGACCAGAGUCUUGCUUCCCGAACGGUGAUGGUGACUGCUUAUGCUCGGAAUGGGAGAAUCCAUGAAGCAAGGCGUCUAUUUGACGAGAUUCCAAACCCAAAUACCAUUACAUGGAAUGCUAUGGUUUCUGGAUAUGCCCAGAAUGGGAUGCUUGAUGAAGCAAAGGAGAUGUUUCUAAGGAUUCCUGCACGGAAUAGUGCUUCAUGGGCGGCCAUGAUUUCUGGGUUUGCACAGAAUGGACGAAGUGAAGAAGCUCUGAAGCUGUUAUCUGAACUUCAUGGAUCAGGAACUGUACCAAGUGAAUCUAGUUUCACCAGUGCUCUCUUUGCUUGCACCACGAUUGGAGCUGUUGAGAUAGGUAGACAGAUACACUCUCUCAUCAUUAAAACAGGGAGCCAGUUCAACUCAUAUGUAGGAAAUGGAUUAAUCUCCAUGUAUGCUAAGUGCAAGAACAUGGAAGAUGUAUCUCAUAUCUUCAAUAAAAUGAGAGUUAGAGAUACCAUAUCUUGGAAUUCUCUUAUUACAGGGUUUGCUGAAAAUUACAUGCUAGAUGAAGCUCGCAGCACUUUUGACAGAAUGCCCACAAGGGAUGUCGUUUCUUGGACUGCCAUCAUAUCAGCAUAUGUACAAGCUGGGCAAGGAGAUAUGGCUUUUGAGCUGUUUAUUGACAUGAUGUCCGAGGGAACUAAACCAAACUCAUCAACAUUGGCUAGCCUUCUCAGUACUUGUGCGGAUCUAAGUACAACCAAACUUGGCAAACAGAUCCAUGCCUUGGUUUUUAAACUUGGGCUUGAUGCAGAACUCUUUGUUGGCAAUGCUCUAAUAACAAUGUACCUCAAGUGUGGUUGUAUUGAUGGUUUUUCAGUGUUUGAAGAGAUGAUUAUCUGUGAUUUAGUUACAUGGAAUGCUGUCCUAGGUGGCUGUGCAAAAAAUGGCUUUACUAGGAAAGCCAUAGAAAUCUUUGAACUAAUGAAGGCAGAAGGGUUUGUACCCGAUGAAGUCAGUUUUCUGGGGGUCUUAUGUGCUUGUAGCUAUUCUGGAUUGGUUGAUGAGGGAUGGCACUACUUCAAUUCCAUGAGCCAAGAUUAUGGUCUCACGCCAUCACUAUGUCACUAUUCUUGCAUGGUUGAUCUUCUUGGUCGGGCUGGUUGCCUUUAUGAAGCUGAGGCAUUUAUUGAAUGCAUGCCCAUAGAACCGGACUCUGUAAUUUGGGGAGCUCUCCUUGGUGCCUGUAAGAUCCAUCAAAAUGUUGAACUUGGCCGGAAAGUUGCUGAAAGGCUCUUUCAAUUGGAGCCACAGAAUUCCAGUACCUACAUUUUAUUAUCAAACAUCUAUGCAUCACUAGGCAUGUGGACUGAAGUUGAAGAAGUUCGCCAACUGAUGAAGGAUCGAGGAAUCACCAAGGAACCAGGAAUUAGUUGGAUUCAGAUCAAGAACAAGCUACAUUCUUUUGUCACUGGAGAUAAGACACAUGAUCAGAUUGAUGAUAUUUACUCAACCCUGAAGGAGUUCUAUGAGCGCCUUAAGGGGAUGGGUUAUGUCCCUAAUACAAACUUUGUUCUUCAUGAUGUGGAGGAGGAGCAAAAAGAGAAUGUACUCCUCUACCACAGUGAGAAACUUGCUAUUGUUUUUGGCCUUUUGAACACCCCAAAUGGAAUUCCCAUCCAUGUUAUGAAGAACCUUCGCAUUUGUGUUGAUUGUCAUACAUUUACAAAAUUCAUCUCCAAGAUAACCCAGAGGGAGAUUGUGAUCAGAGAUUGGAGUAGAUUCCACCAUUUUCAAGAUGGGUCAUGUUCUUGUGGAGAUUACUGGUGAUUUUUGAAUUAAAGCAUCUUGGGAUUUGAAGGAACCUCACUCUAAGAAAGCAGAAUGAGGAUGUGGAUAAAUUACUACUACGAGUGAAAAAAUGUCCUGCCAUGGUGUACAGUGGCAUUUUCAAUUUUUCUGAAAGAUACUCAUCAUCAAGUCAGUUAAAUACAGAGCAAAAGAAAUUUUGUGACAUUUUCAUCGUUUGUAAAAGAGGCUUUAUGAACCAACCAGGAAACAAUAAAAUACAGAGCAAAUCAAAUUUUGUUGAAUUGAGAACAGAAAAGUAAUAAGACGAUUGCUAAAUAGAUCAAAAGAGAAAUACCCUAUCUUUCCAGCUUUAGUCUGAAAAGGUUCAAAUGAGAGAAAGUAGAUUGAGAUGGUUUGAUCACUGCAUAGAAGACCGUCUACAGAAUUUGUUAGAAAAAGUGAUCGGUUGCAAGUUGAAGGGACUAAAAGAGCUAGGGACAGACCAAAAAAGACUUGUGUGGAAGUAAUUAGAAAUGAUCCAAGUAAUUUGAUGAUGUAUUUCUUGCAAUUAGAAGAUUAGGAUUUGUGUUGAAGCCGAGGGUCAGAUGACGUGCUCCCAUACUUCAAACAGCGAUGGAGAUUGCUUCCUUCAAUUGGAUUUUGAAAGCUUGAUCAAGAGAAGGGUUCUUUAAGAUUUCAAGAAUUUGUUGCUUUGCUCUCAAGAAGAUGGUGUAUGUGCUUUCUUCUCCUUAAGAGCCUUCUUAGUUUUUCUCUUUGACCCAAAAGUCCCCUCCCUCUUGAUGGGAAUCCUUAUUUAUAGAUUUCUUGGUAUCAUCUCUUAGUCUUCUUGAUUAAGGAUUUAAUUAAUUCUCAUUAAUCCUUUUUAGAGAAUGAAAGGUUGUAAUUAUUGUAUUGAUAAAAAAAAAAGAUUGUAAUUAUUGUCAUUUUUGGAGAGAAUAAUUUAUCAUCCAUUAUUUUCUCUUCAAUCAUGGACAAAUUUCCAUCUAUGAG